AUGGAAGACAUAGAUAUUCCUCAGUAUUUUCUCUGUCCCAUUUCUCUUCAGAUCAUGAAAGAUCCAGUGACAACAAUAACUGGGAUCACAUACGAUAGAGAAAGCAUUGAACAUUGGCUGCAGACAGCUGAAGAUGCAGCCUGUCCUGUUACAAAGCAGCCUCUUCCAAGGGACUCUGACUUGACACCAAAUCACAUGCUCCGCCGGCUGAUCCAGGCUUGGUGCACUACCAACGCUAAGUAUGGAAUUGAUCAAAUUCCUACCCCGAAAUCGCCUCUGAAGAAAUCUUAUAUUUUCAAGCUCAUUCGGGACCUGAAAAUCGCUCAGUUUAGUCAAAAUGCUUUGAAGAAACUGGACGAACUUGCCAAUGAGGAUAUUGAGUGGAAUAGAAAAUGCAUGGUGGAAGCCGGCGUGACGAAAGUGAUGGUUUUGUUGAUCAUUAGAUGCUUCAAAGAAGGUAAGACUAAAGGCCUUGAGGAAGCUUUGAGCAUACUGUAUCGUAUAUGGAGUCCUACAGCGGAAAAUAAGCAAUUGGUUGCAGAAAAUAAUGAUCUUUUCGAAUCUCUAACAUGGGUUUUAAGGAUUGAUAUUGACAAUCAUGUCGUGGUAAAAACUCAUGCUGUUAAGAUCCUGAAGAUGACCACAGAAGUUGCGAGUUCAAGCCUAAUCGGGAAGCUAAAGCUCGAUUUCUUCAUGGUUAUGACUAGUAUUUUACGUGGUAAACUUUCUCCACAAGCAAUUAAGGCUGCAUUGCAUGUCUUGAUUCAAUCAUGUCCUUGGGGGACAAACAGGAUGAAGAUCAUAGAAGCCGGGGCUGUUUUUGAUGUGAUCGAGCUCGAAUUAAGCAACCCUGAGAAGAAAACUACUGAGCUUAUAUUCCGUCUUUUGGCUCAGUUGUGUUCAUGUGCUGAUGGAAGAGCUGAGCUUCUGAAGCACAGUGCUGGAAUUGCAAUGCUGUCCAAAAGAACCCUCAGGAUUUCUGCUGCGACCGAUGAUCGAUCGAUGCAUAUAUUUGCUCAGAUCACGAAAUUUUCAGCCACAAAUGAAGUUCUGAUUGAGAUGCUGAGAGUUGGAGCUGUGUCAAAGCUCUGCAUGAUUCUUCAAGCGCAUUGUGAAGCACAUUUGAAGAGGAUAGCACAAGGGAUCCUCAGGUUGCAUUCCAAUGUUUGGAAUAAUUCUCCUUGUAUACAAGUUUAUCUCUUAACAAGAAAUGCUAGGUAGCUAAAAAAAAAAGAGUAAUUUAUAUGAUAUCAUAUGUAUAAGCAAUUGUGCAGAUACAAGAAUGGCUGGCUAAAAAAGUAGGUCAGAUCCAAAUAGUCAGUACGUAC